UGUGUGCGUGUGCGUGUGUGUGUGCGCGCGUUUGUAUAUAUGGAUUUAAAGGGGCUCUUUAGUUUUAAAAAAAUAGAUGUUAUUGCUCUGAUUUGUAAAUAAGUUUCAGUUUCUCAGAAAUGAAUCUGGUGGUUGUCCUCACAAGGAGGCAAUGCAUACACCUGUUGCCUCACCCACUUUCCCACAUCUUGUACAUAUAAUAAGGUGGCUGUUACGCAGAAGACAGUCGUCUCCAAAGCUGACAUGGCAGGAUUUUGUAAUUACCUCUUUUUUAGUUUGCUUAUACAAAUCUGUAAUGACAUCUAUGAUGUACGUGAAGAAAUAUGUAAGUCUGUCGUCAUAGGCGCAGGAGGAGUUGUGACUGUGCUCUUCACACCUGCUUUGCUGGUCACCCUUGGUUGGACCCAAGCUGGAGUAGCAGCAGGCUCCAUUGCUGCCUCAAUAAUGUCAUGGAUGGGAGUCGUGUCAUCAGGAAGUCUGUUUGCAUUUUUGCAAUCAAUAGGUGCAACUGGUCUGACAACGACUGCAGCUGGAGUUGUCGGCAGCGUUGGAGGAGCAAUGGGAUGGAUGCUAUCAGCCAUUUGUAACCAAAAUGGUACCACUUCAACCUUAAGAUAAACAGCAUGGACACAGGCUGUGUGUACUCUUAAAUAACACAAUUAUUCAUGUAGGUGACUGUUUCUGUUUCUGUGAUUAAUCUAAUCAUCUUAUUUAAAUGAACUUUUCAUACAUCUGCCACACACACUCUGCAUAAAGCAUCUUUCAGGUAAACAUGAGAGGUUGCUGAACACAAUGAGCUAAACAAUGUGUAAGAAAUGCAGAAGAUGCUGCCUGGCGUUGACUCAGGAAGUUCAGUAACUCUGAUAAAUGAUCGAUUUGACACCAUUUGAGUGAAUGUGACGCUAUAAAAAUGAUGAUUCUGUGCUCUUUGAAUAUUCUCAUCUUAAACUGUCCUUUUAUUAACCAUAAUAAAAUGCAUCUGAAAUAAACCA